CCCUGGCCGUGUGUCUUCCUCUUCGUCGGACAUUACAAACCCUCAACCUCUGAGAACAAAAGGCCGAAGAGAGGGCGAUAAAUGACGAUUCCCUUCGCCCACACAUCCCUUCCAAAUCCCCUCAAUCUCUAUCCUCUAACUCUCAAUUCCUCCCCUUCUCUUCGUCUUUUGUUUCCAUCUCCAUGCCGCUCCGCUCUCACCUCCAAAUCCCUCCUAUUUCCCUUCUCCCGGUUCCCAUUUAACAAAGUUCACACCCUCACAAAGGCCUCAUCUUCCACUGUCUCCGAGAUCAACGACUUCAGUGACAUCCUAGACGACCUUGGCAGAGACGGUGAAGCGGAUGACGACCUCGCUGGGUCGCCGUGGGAGGGAGCCGUAGUAUACCGCCGGGACGCCUCCGUCUCCCACGUCGAGUACUGCACCACCCUUGAGCGUCUGGGACUCGGGAAGCUCUCCAGUGAAGUGUCCCAGUCACGGGCUGCGGCUAUGGGGAUCCGGCUUCCGACGAGGAGACCUAAAAAUUCCACCUUUGGCGAUGAAGGGACGCCUGUGCUUGUCUCGCUCGACAUCACCAAAAUGAAGCGCCGGCUGAGGCUCGAUGGGAUCGUGCGGACCGUUAUUACGCUCGGCUGCAAUAGGUGCGCUGAACCUGCAGCAGAAUGUGUUUUCUCAAACUUGAAUCUUCUACUGACCGAGGAUCCAUUGGAAGAACCUGAUGUAAUAGAUAUGGGGACCACAUUUAGAGAAGACAGACACAAAGGCUCUUUUGAAAGAGGUAAAGAAGAUAAUGAUGAGGAGAUAGACUUGGAUGACCAACUUUAUUUUCCAGCUCAAGAAAAGGAAAUUGACAUCUCGAAGCACAUUCGAGACAUUAUCCACAUAGAGAUCUCUUUAAAUGGGUUGUGCGAUACAAAUUGCAAAGGAGUUUGCCUGAGGUGUGGCACAAAUCUCAACAGAAGCUGUUGCAACUGCACUAAAGAUACUGUUAAGGGAGUACCCAAAGAGUAUGGUCCACUCAAGAAUUUAAGGAAGCAAAUGCAGAAAACAUGAGUGCAUUCUGCUGGUUUAACUUAAUAGAUGUCAGUUUAUUAUUGAUCUAUUCAGGUUGCUGGCCGUGUUUAGAACUGGACUGGAUUGGAUGACUCGAUGAAUUAAUCACACCGGAAGCUGAUCCGAUCUGGUUGAAUCAAGCUUUCUGUUAGUUCAACUGUAAAAACUGCAUUUGGAGGGGUUGACCACUUCAAGUUCGAUAUGGAUUUGAUAACAUUACCAUCUGGCUGCAGAUGAUUGAAACGAGCUAAACAUAUAGCCUGUGUAGUAUGGAGUUUAAUAUAGAUACUGGUGUAGGUUUCUAGUGUGAAAAAGAAUUUCAUUAUGUUAAUUUUCUGAGUGUAUUGAUACCAUUUAAUUAUAUUUAACACAACUGCAGUAUGAAAUAAUAUUUGUUUGGCUGCUUAA